GUAAUGGACACAAACAUGGUUCCCUUGUUUUGAACCCGAAAUGCUGCUAAGUGUGGCUUUAACUUUUCUACAAAGAGAGAUGCUUUUCCCAAACUGAGGCGCUGGGCCGUUCACCGCAGAGAUGUCCCACUCCACGGAGCCGUGCGCGGAGCCCGGGCGCAGACUGCGCUCCAUCUGCCGGAGGAUGUACGACGAGAACGAUGAUCCGUCUGAUGUGGAGGAAAUGGCGAAUAUCAGAGGCUUCAGUGUCGAGGAGAAACUCACGAGUGAAAUCUACACCUCCAACUUUGUGCAGGUCAUGGACGGAACGGAUUUUACAUAUGAGUAUGUGCAAAGGGAAGGUCUGAGGAAACCCCUGAUCUUCAAAGACAAAGACGGUUUGGGCAUCAGAAUGCCCGAUCCACAAUUCACCGUCAGUGAAAUUAAAGGCCUGGUUGGGAGCCGUCGCUCUGUGGACGUGAUGGACGUGAGCACACAGAAAGGCUCUGAGAUGAGCAUGGCUCAGUUUGUUCGUUAUUAUGAGACUCCAGAGGAAGACAGAGACAAACUGUUUAAUGUCAUUAGUUUAGAGUUCAGCCACACGAAGCUGGAGCACCUCAUCAAAAGGCCCACGGUGAUUGACCAGGUCGACUGGGUGGAUAAUAUGUGGCCCCCAGACCUUAAACACAGCCAGACCGAAGGAACCAACGUCAUUUCAGAAAUGAAAUACCCCAAGGUUCAGAGAUACUGUCUGAUGAGUGUCAAAGGCUGCUACACUGAUUUUCACAUUGACUUUGGAGGCACUUCAGUCUGGUACCACGUCUUCAAAGGCCAGAAGGUGUUCUGGCUCGUCCCGCCCACUUCUUAUAACCUGGCCCUGUACGAGGACUGGGUCCUGUCGGGGAAACAGAGCGACAUCUUCCUGGGCGACCGAGCAGAUGGAUGUCAGAGGGUGGAGCUGAAGCAAGGAAACACCUUUUUUAUACCAUCAGGAUGGAUCCAUGCCGUCUACACUCCAGAGGACACACUGGUGUUUGGAGGAAACAUCUUGCACAGUUUCAACAUUCCUAUGCAGCUCACGAUCCACGAGAUCGAGAACAGAACCAAGGUUCAUUCCAAAUUCCGGUUUCCUUUUUACUACGAGAUGUGCUGGUAUGUUCUGGAGAGAUACACGCACCGCCUGACCAAACGCUCACACCUUUCUCCUGAGCUCCACAAAGAGCCAGUGCUGUUGGAUCUCGACACUGACUCCAGGAGCCAGGAUGUGAACGACGACUCGUACGAGAGGAUUUACCUGGACUCACCCGGGAACAUCAAGGGUCCACUUUUCAGAGCAGACGUGUCUCUGGACAUGGACGACAGCUGCACUCCCACCUUCAACACGUCAGACUUCUCCAAAUCUCCACUGGACGGUUCUCUGUCAGAAUCCAAGAACAAAUGGAUUUAUUUAACUGAGUUUGAACUGAACGGACUCAGAACACUGGUCGAAAAACUGGAGUCUCUGCCUGAAAACAAGAAAUGUGUCCCAGAAGGAAUCGUAGAGGCACAGAAACUACUGGAGUCCAUGAAGGUGGUGUUGGAGGAACAUGCAGAUGACGACUCGUUGUUGUCCGUCACUGGGUUCCCCGUCGUGUUUGGGCCUAAACAUCUAAAGCCUCGCCCACAGAACCGGCCUAAACCCAAGAUGGCGGCUUCUCCGGCGUCAGCGGUUAAACUGUCGGCCAGUCGGGGGACGUCCGGCGCCCGCCGCAGACGGACGCGGUGCCGGAGGUGUGAGGCGUGUCUCCGCACUGAGUGUGGGGAGUGUCACUUCUGCAAAGACAUGAAGAAGUUUGGUGGACCUGGUCGAAUGAAACAGUCCUGCAUCAUGAGGCAGUGCAUCGCGCCGGUUCUGCCUCACACUGCAGUGUGUCUGGUCUGUGGAGAAGCAGGGAAAGAAGACACUGUCGAAGAUGAAGAGGAGAAGUUCAACCUGAUGCUCAUGGAGUGCUCCAUAUGCAACGAGAUCGUGCAUCCAAACUGUCUGAAGGUUAAAGAUUCGAGUGGAGUGGUUAAUGAUGAGCUGCCAAACUGUUGGGAGUGUCCGAAGUGUAACCACGCAGGGAAAACGGGGAAACAAAAACGGGGUCCGGGUUUUAAAUAUGCAUCAAACCUUCCCGGGUCGUUACUGAAAGAGCCGCGGCUGCCCCGGGACCAAAAAGAAGAAUCUGACUCCCCGACGAUGCCAACGGCCACGGUCACCACCAUGAACACAGCCCCUGUUUUAAAGAGAAAGGCAGAACGAGAGGACGUCCCAAAGAGAAAAGACGAAGAGCCUCCAAAGAAAAGGCCCCCGCUGCUGUCGCUCGAGAGUCCAGCCCGACCCAGACCUGAAGACAACCCCCUGAGGAAGAAGAGGAAGCUCUUUGACACCAACGAUGAGCCCAUCCUUUUAAAAAAGAAGAAAAAGCCCUUCAAACACGACGGCUCAGUGUCUCCGAAAUUCUUCAGGCAAAUCAAGACUGAGAAUGAUCUGGAAGACCAUGAGGAUCGGGAAGAAGACGACGUUUUCUCAAACAGGAAGUAUUUCAAAGAAAAGAAGUACCAUCACGAAGCAGAGGACGAAGACGAGGAAGAGGAGACAAUAAGAGACAAAUAUACAGCUGAUGACAAAUCAAAAGUUCAUUUAAAUCCUCUGCUGAGGACAUCAGGCCGUGACAGUGACCACAUCCCCGUCCACACCAGCAGAGCAGGGUCCAGCGCCGACCUCACAGACGUCCAGGACAAGAGCUCCAGACACGUGAAACCCUGUCACCAGCGUAAACGAGCGAGCAAGGACAAAGAAUUUAACCAAGACAUCUCAAAAUCUGAAGAAAAACUGCUGAAGAGAGAGGACAGUCCCAUCUGCCCCAACAGAAAAACAAUCAAACUGGAGGACACCGGUCACAAUCGAAAACUUCUAAAGACCGAGGACUCCAGCCCCAAUCAGAACAGACGUCCGCUAAAGACAGAAGACAGUUUGACCAAUCAGAACCACCGGCCAAUCAAAACAGAGCCUGACGAUGUAGACGACGCCAAGUCUAAAUGGAGCCUCAAUAACGGCAGCAGUGACCUCGGGGACUGGCUCCGCCAUCGAGGACGGGACGUCAACGGGAACCAAAAAGGUUUUUCUACUUUAGGAUGGAACAGGAGCUCGCCGAUCUCACCCAUCUGCCCCCGACCGCCGCCGUCUCACUCCCCUCCCAAAUGUGUCCAAAUGGAGCGUCACGUGAUCCGUCCCCCCCCCAUCAGCCCGCCCCCCGACCGACUGCCCCUGAACGACGAGCAGACCCACGUGAUGCGGCGCGAGGCCUGGAUGUGCGUGUUCAGUCAGCUGACGCACAAAGACCUGUGCGUGUGUAUGCGUGUGUGCCGCACCUGGAACAGAUGGUGCUGUGACAAGAGGCUGUGGACGCACAUCGACCUCAGCCGCUGUAAGUCCAUCACGCCGCUCAUGCUCAGUGGGAUCAUCCGCCGCCAGCCCGUCGCUCUGGACCUCAGCUGGACCAACAUCUCCAAGAAGCAGCUCAGCUGGAUCAUCAACCGCCUGCCAGGUCUGCGUGUUCUGCUGCUGUCGGGAUGUUCUUGGGUCGCCGUCUCCGCGCUCUGCACGUCCAGCUGUCCUCUUCUGCGCACUCUGGAUGUUCAGUGGGUGGAGGGACUAAAGGACGCUCAGAUGAGAGACCUGUUAUCUCCGCCCACAGACAACAGGCCAGGUCAGCUGGACAACAGGAGUAAACUGCGUAACGUGGUCGACCUGCGUCUGGCCGGUCUGGACAUCACGGACACGUCUCUGCGUCUCAUCAUCCGCUACAUGCCCCUGUUAAACAAACUGGACCUGAGCUACUGCAACCACGUCACCGACCAGUCCGUCAACAUCCUGACCGCCGCCGGAACCACCUCCAGAGACUCGCUCACCGACAUUAAGCUCUGUGUGUGUAACAGGGUGACGGACCAGUCUCUGAGCUUCUUCAAACGCUGUGGAAGUAUCUGCCACAUCGACCUGCGUCUCUGCAGACACGUGACCAGGGAGGGAUGUGACCAGUUCAUCGCAGAAAUGUCCGUCAGUGUCCAGUUUGAACUGAUCGAGGAAAAACUACUGCAGAAAAUCAGCUAGAACAAAACGUCCACGGGCCACAAGGGGGCAGCACAACACUGUUUUAUUUAGCAGAGAGUCUGCAGUAGUACUACUAAUACUACUGCUACUACUACUGCUACUAAUACUACUGCUACUACUACUGCUACUGCUACUACUGCUACUACUACUGCUACUACUACUGCUACUGCUACUACUGCUACUACUACUGCUACUGCUACUACUGCUACUACUACUGCUACUGCUACUACUGCUACUACUACUACUGCUACUGCUACUACUGCUACUACUACUGCUACUGCUACUACUGCUACUACUACUGCUACUGCUACUACUACUACUGCUACUACUACUGCUACUACUACUGCUACUACUACUGCUACUGCUACUACUAUUAUACUACUGCUUCUACUACUACUACUUUUACUACUUUUACUACUUUUACUUUUACUACUGAACACCAGGCAGCAUCUUCAAAGCUGAAGCUGAAUGUUUUUGUACAAAUCAAAUGUUUUUCUUUUUCUUUUAUUCUUUCUCUGUAAAAUCUGCACCUUUUGAAGUUAUUUAUUUGUGUGUUUCACGUCUGUGUUUAUAGUUUUAAAGUUCUGUUCUAAAGUAGAGUCAUAUUUUUAUAUCAGAGUGUACAUUUCUGUACAGUAAAGUUUAAAUAAAUGAAUAGUCUAUGUUAUUAUGGAGCAGCAAAGAUCUGGAGCUUUUUUUGCCAAAUAUCCAGUGACUUGUGUUUUGAUGUUUCAUUUGAUGUUUUUUGACAAAAGGACUCGAGGCCACACUGAAUGUUCUUCACAGGACACAGUAUCUUCUUGUUUUUCAGAUGUUUCUUUGCACUGAAGCCGCUGAGGUGAACUCUGUUUCCACAUGAACAGUUUCAGUUUAUUCUGCACUGAACUGAUAUUUUUGAGGCUCUAAACUGUUUCAGUGGCUCCGUCCUGAUCCUGAGCUGCACCACGAAAACAAACGAUCAUGAUCCAUCUCCAGGUAAAUGUUUUUAGAAACGUGUGUCCUACAGUUUGUCCUUUUACUGUGGAUCAGACCUGGACUGAGGGACACUGAGGGACACUGAGGGACACUGAGGGACACAGACCUGGACUGAGGGACACUGAGGGACACAGACCUGGACUGAGGGACACUGAGGGACACAGACCUGCCGUGUCUUCAUUUUCUUCCAUUUUAACUCUCACAUUUUUAAGGAUCAUUGGCUCAAAUCUUUCAGUUUCAAAGUAAAUGCCUUUUUUAUGAAACUCAGGAGUUAAAUCCAGAUUUUGAACCGUUUACAUUUGACAAAGGGCUGCACUUCCACUUUGAGAAAAAACAGAGGCUUUGACGUAAAGUUUAAUGUUUUCACCUGAAAACGAUUUGUGCAAAUGUAUCAGACAAAAUAAAUGAAUGUUUAUGUUUCCACAGACUGAACUCGUCUGUGGAAACAG